UGUUUCUCCUCGUGUUGUGAAAAUGGUGAGAAAACUGAAAUUUCACGAGAAGAAACUCUUGAAAAAGGUCGACUUUAUUUCAUGGAAAAGCGACAAUAACAUACGCGAAGUGAAGGUGCUUCGAAAGUACCACAUCCAGAAGAGAGAAGAUUACACCAAAUACAACAAAGUUUGUGGGAUGGCGAAAUCACUCGCCACGAAAAUUAAACAGCUCGAUCCUAAAGAUCCAUUUCGAGGCGAAGCCACAGAACAGUUGUUGGAGAAAUUGUACUCACUUGGCUUAAUCAAAGCUAAAAACAACUUGUCUUUGUGCGAUAAGCUAAGCGCCUCUGCGCUCUGUCGGCGGCGCUUGCCUGUUGUUAUGGUGCGAUUGAGAAUGGCUCAAGCUAUCAAAGAUGCGGUGAAGUACAUUGAACAAGGUCAUGUGAGAGUUGGGCCCGAAGUCAUAAUGGAUCCCGCUUUUCUUGUUACCAGGAACAUGGAGGACUUUGUUACUUGGACAGAUACCUCAAAAAUAAGGAAGCAUGUCUUGGAGUACAGUGACCUCAGAGAUGACUUUGAUUUUUCAUAAAUGGAUAAAUCAACAUGGUAGGGCCCAUGUGAAGGUCCGGUGAACUAUACAUAGUCUCUUUUGCAGCCGUUAUUAGGGUCGUCACGCAACAGGACCCUAAUAAUGGCUGCGAAGGAGCCUAGACUACACAGAGACUUACAAAAAGCAU